CUCAAUGUCCUGAAUUUUAAAUUUUAUGCGCUCAAGUGAAAGAAUUAAAGUGAGUUGUAAUAAUCCCAUCAUAUUGGAUUGCUUUCUCUUAAAAAAAUCAUAUUGGAUUGCUCUUAUAAAUCUGAUGCCAGCGCCCAUUUCCAGCUGGCCUGAGACACUGAAAUAUUUCUUGGAAGGAGGUCAGAAAAAAUGGAGCUUGAUCCAUCUCAAGCAGAUUCAUUCUCUGCUGAUCACAUUUGGUCUCUGCCACCACAAUUCCUUUCUCAGGCAACUACUCGACCAAUGCGUAUCGCUCCCUUCAUUCCCCUCUUCCUACGCUCUUUCCAUCUUCACUCUAAUCAAAGAACCCAAUGCCCAUUCCUGGAACGCCAUGAUCAAAGGCUAUUCCACCACCUCAAACCCUCACAACUCCAUUCUUCUCUUCGCGAAGAUGCGGGAAAGUCUCGUCUUUCCUAACAAACACACCUUCCCUCUGCUUCUCAAGGCAUUUUCUAAGGCCAGAACAGAAAACCCACUCCAGCUUUUUGCCCAAACUGUGAAAUUUGGAUUUGAUACUGACCAUUUUGUGCAGAACUCUUUGGUUUCUUCUCUAGCCGUUUGUGGGUACAUUGACUAUUCCUGCAAGGUGUUUGUUGAAAUGCCUCAAAGGGAUGUGAUUUCUUAUACGGCCUUGAUUGAUGGGUACACGAGGAAUGGUAGGCCAGCCGAAGCUAUGGAGCUCUUUCUACAGAUGAGAAGAGCGGGUGUGAAGGUGGAUGAGGGCACUAUAGUUAGUGCUCUUUGUGCAGUCGGAUUGUCAAGAUAUUCUUUGUUCGGGAAAUGGCUUCACGGGUUCUAUAUAAUUCCGGGUAGAGUCCAUCAAGAUAUCUUCAUCGGGAGUUCUCUAGUGGAUAUGUAUUCCAAAUGCGGAUUGUGCAGUGAUGCAAGUUUAGUCUUUUCAGAGAUGCCGAACAAGAACAUAGUUUCCUGGACAACGAUGAUAUCUGGAUUUAUUAACUGUGAGCAAUUCAAGAAUGCACUGACCGCUUUUGAAUCCAUGCUGGCAAGUGGAUUAGAGCCUAACCAAGCCACAUUAACAAGUGUUCUAGCCGCUUGUACUAAACUAGGUGCUCUUGAUCAUGGCAGGUGGGUCCAGAAGUAUAUCGAGUCAAAUGGUUUAGGUUUAAAUCCGGCUCUUGCCACUGCUUUGGUUGAUCUGUACGCAAAAUGUGGAUGCAUCCAUGAAGCACUCUUACUUUUCAAGAAGAUUUCAUUUAAUAAAGAUGUUUAUGUAUGGACAGCCAUCCUUAACGGUUUGGCAAUGCAUGGUGAAGUUAGAAAAUGCUUAGAUCUCUUCGGGGAAAUGUUAACCAAUGGGGUAAAGCCAAAUGGGGUGACAUUCAUAGGAGUUCUCAGUGCCUGCUCCCAUGGAGGACUUGUUGAUGAGGGGAAAAAACUGUUUGGAGCGAUGGAGAGUGUCUAUGGAAUAAAACCAGCCGUGGACCAUUAUGGUUGCAUGGUUGAUCUAUUGGGUCGGGCUGGACAGCUCGAUGAAGCGGUCAAGUUGAUUGAAGGGAUGCCGGUGGAGCCCACCUCGAGUGUGUGGGGUGCUCUGUUUGGUGCAUGCUUGAUUCACAAGCAGUAUGAGUUAGGGGAAUGGGUAGGGAAUAUGCUAAUUAGCUUACAGCCUCAUCAUAGUGGCAGAUACACACUUUUGGCAAAUUUGCAUUCAAUGUCUGGGAACUGGAAAGCAAUGGGUCAAGUACGAAGAAUGAUGAGAAAGAAUGGGGUUGAGAAGAGCAGGGGAUGUAGUUGGUUUGAACUGGAAGGCACUGUCCAUGAGUUCAUUGCUUUUGACCAAUCGCAUGUUGACUCUCAAAUUGUGUAUAUGGUCUUGGAUAGCCUUUUCAGCCAUUUAGAACCCACAAAUUUUCUUCAUUCACUUACCUUAUGAAUCUCACAAAAUCUUUGCAAUUGGCAUUAAUUAUUUUGUUUAGUAAUGUUUUAAAAACGCUAAGAGCUGGCAGAAAACUAAGGCCUAUUUGCUAGGCAAAGCACAGGCGGUGGUCAAGAGAAGCCUUUGAAUUUCUUGGUCCAAAAUCCAAAUGCCAAACAAUGACACUGAAUGUUUUACCAAAAACCUUAAUUGACCCGAACUUCCAAAUAUAUCAUGAUUGGCUUUGGGCAUGUGAGUGCAGGCGCCUAAAAACAAAUGUAAUUAUAUAUGAAGUUGAAGGAGUACAAAGACUUGGUUGCAACGGCAAAAAUCACAAUAAAUUUGUAACUAUGAUAUGUUUAGGAUCAAGUUUUUGGAUUCUUAAUGUGGCUCUUUGUUGUUGUAAUUAGUCUUAUCAUCACUUUCAACUUUGUUUAUGUACAUGAUUGCAUUCAUGUUUGAGUUGUAUUACCAGGUCAAAAUGUAGUUCUAAAAUGGAACCAAAAUAGUACCACCGGCUUACAAUCA